AUGAAUUUGUCAGCGCGUUGUGCUUUGGUUCUUUUUCUGUUGGCAUUUGUAGAUUUGAAAAUAGUCUCUGCUGCAGAAACGGGAGGCACAUCUACAGCAAAGCCUGGAGUGUGCCCUCUUAGACGAUGGGGCAUAGGGAUAUGUGCAGAGUUAUGUUUCAAUGACAGUGACUGCCCCAAUGAUGAAAAAUGCUGCCACAAUGGAUGUGGGCAUGACUGCAUUGCACCUAACACAGCAAAGCCUGGAGUGUGCCCUCGUAGACGAUGGGGUUCAGGGACGUGUGCAGAGUUCUGUUCCAAUGACAGUGACUGCCCCAAUGAUGAAAAAUGCUGCCACAAUGGAUGUGGGCAUAACUGCAUUGCACCGUACACAGUGCCGAUCCCCCCGAAGGCAGGUCAGUGCCCGCUGCUUCUGAAUGUCGUGCCGUCACACAAGGGAUGUGUCCGCGAUGAGGACUGUCCUAAAGAUGACAAAUGCUGCAUCUUUGACUCUGACGCCUUGUGUGUCCCACCUGACUUCACAAAGCCUGGAGUGUGCCCUCGUAGACGAUGGGGCGUAGGGACGUGUGCAGAGUUAUGUUCCAAUGACAGUGACUGCCCCAAUGAUGAAAAAUGCUGCCACAAUGGAUGUGGGCAUAACUGCAUUGCACCGUACACAGUGCCGAUCCCCCCGAAGGCAGGUCAGUGCCCGCUGCUUCUGAAUGUCGUGCCGUCACACAAGGGAUGUGUCCGCGAUGAGGACUGUCCUAAAGAUGACAAAUGCUGCAUCUUUGACUCUGACGCCUUGUGUGUCCCACCUGACUUCACAAAGCCUGGAGUGUGCCCUCGUAGACGAUGGGGCGUAGGGACGUGUGCAGAGUUAUGUUCCAAUGACAGUGACUGCCCCAAUGAUGAAAAAUGCUGCCACAAUGGAUGUGGGCAUAACUGCAUUGCACCGUACACAGUGCCGAUCCCCCCGAAGGCAGGUCAGUGCCCGCUGCUUCUGAAUGUCGUGCCGUCACACAAGGGAUGUGUCCGCGAUGAGGACUGUCCUAAAGAUGACAAAUGCUGCAUCUUUGACUCUGACGCCUUGUGUGUCCCACCUGACUUCACAAAGCCUGGAGUGUGCCCUCGUAGACGAUGGGGCGUAGGGACGUGUGCAGAGUUCUGUUCCAAUGACAGUGACUGCCCCAAUGAUGAAAAAUGCUGCCACAAUGGAUGUGGGCAUGACUGCAUUGCACCGUACACAGCAAAGCCUGGAGUGUGCCCUCGUAGACGAUGGGGCAGAGGGACGUGUGCAGAGUUCUGUUCCAAUGACAGUGACUGCCCCAAUGAUGAAAAAUGCUGCCACAAUGGAUGUGGGCAUGACUGCAUUGCACCUAACACAGCAAAGCCUGGAGUGUGCCCUCGUAGACGAUGGGGCAGAGGGACGUGUGCAGAGUUAUGUUCCAAUGACAGUGACUGCCCCAAUGAUGAAAAAUGCUGCCACAAUGGAUGUGGGCAUAACUGCAUUGCACCGGCACAGUGAAGCCCGGUCGCUGUGUCCUGCCCAACGAGACCUACAUGUGUGCCGAGUACUGUUACAAAGAUGGCCAGUGCCCCGAGGAACAGAUGUGUUUCUGGAUAUGUUGAUUCUAUGCCUGCAGUGAGCCAUUGAAGCUUUAUUGGAAAUUCUUAUUAGUUACUUAUUAGAAAUAAGUAGAAAAUACAAAUCAUUACAUGUACAAUUAUGUCUAUGAAAACUGAUGAUUUUAUGCAAUAAUAAAUAUGAAAAAUUAUCAUAGCUUUUAUGGAAACUGGACAAUUUUCAUGGGCAGUAUGUGA